UCUCUCUCUCCCUCUCUGUCUACUGUCAUUGUACUCUGAAGCCUCUAUAUAAUUCCCACCCAUCUCUCCCUCUCCCUCUCUGUCUAUCUCUGUCUCUCUCCAACAUCUAUCUCUCUCUGCAAUACAAAAGCAACACUGCUCAAUACCCAUUAUCACUGCACAGCAGCAACAACACCAAAAGAACAAGAAUUCUUCUUUCUCUCGCUAAACUUGCAAAGCUAUGGGCUUUCCAGUAGGUUACACAGAGCUACUACUACCAAAACUACUUAUCCACACACUUUCCAUUCUGGGCUUCAUUAGAAAACUAAUCAACACGCUUUUUCGCUAUCUGGGUCUUCCUGAUUUUCUCGAACCCGAUAUUUCUUGGCCCGAAACCCCUUCUCGGGUCCCCGAAUUCUACUCCGCAUCCGCCGUUCUCAUCCGUGAGAUCCUUCCCGUCGUCAAGUUUUCCGACCUCGUGGACCCACCUGAUAGUUGUGCUGUUUGUUUGUAUGAGUUUGAAGAUCAUGAUGAGAUCCGACGGCUCACAAAUUGUCGCCAUAUUUUUCAUAAGGCCUGUUUGGAUAGGUGGGUCGGGUAUGACCAGAAAACUUGCCCUCUUUGUAGGACUCCGGUUAUUCCUGAUGAUAUGCAAGAGGCUUUUAAUGAGAGAUUAUGGGCUGCUUCUGGUAUUCCUGACUUUUAUGGCGACUACUCUCAGAUAGGUGCUUUAUAGAUUUUCUUUUUCUUUUUCUUUUCUUAAAAACAAACUUUUUUAGACUCCAGAAAUAUUUUAAAAAAAAAAAAAUUACCUUUCUGUUGCCUCUUGUUUUUGAGGUGGUUUAAGGUUGGAUGAUGUAUGUAAUUAUACAAGAACGAUGGAGUUAUAAAGAAAAUGAAAGAGAAUUAGCUGAUUUUGUAUAGUCCUUUUCUGUUUUGUUUCUUGAGUUAAUGAACUUAUAAUUUGAGUCCCA